CUAACGCUGACAACGAUGGAUAAGCCACAAAUUAUUGCACACAUCCAAAAAUCGGUAAAUUAUACCCUGUUUGAUGGAAAAUGGAUCCCGUCCAGUGCAAAAUUUGUUGUGUUGGGAAGCCAUGCAAGAGGUACGGGAGCUAUGCAAGUUUACGAAGUAGCACAUGGUGACGUAAAAUUAGUACAUGAUAUUGAGAAGUCAAAAGCAUUUAAAUGUGGAACAUUUGGAGCAUCUAGUCUACAACAAAGAUAUUUAGCUACAGGUGGUUUUGAUGGAAAAGUUCAGAUUUGGAACUUGGAGUCAACAGAAUUACCAGUUUAUUCUGUAACAGGACAUAGUGAGAUUAUAAAUGCUAUAGAUGGUGUUGGUGGAUUAGGUAUUGGUGAAGGUGCACCAGAACUUGUUACUGGUAGUAGAGAUGGUGCUGUUAAAGUUUGGGAUCCAAGACAGAAAUCAGAUCCUGUGGCAACCAUGGAACCUGGUGAAGGUGAAACAAAACGAGAUUGUUGGUCUGUAGCAUUUGGUCAUGCUUAUAAUGCUCAAGAUAGAUGUGUAUGUGCUGGUUAUGAUAAUGGUGAUAUCAAACUCUUUGACUUAAGAGCAAUGGCACUCAGAUGGGAAACUAAUAUUAAAAAUGGAGUGUGUUGUGUUGAAUUUGAUAGAAAAGAUAUCAAUAUGAAUAAAUUAGUAGCAGCUACAUUAGAAGCCAAGUUUCAUGUAUUUGACAUGAGGACACAACAUCCGGAAAAAGGAUUUGCCAGUUUGUCAGAAAAGGCACAUAAAUCAACAGUAUGGCUUGGCCGACAUCUACCUCAGAAUAGAGAUGUGUUUAUGACAUGUGGAGGGAAUGGUUCAUUAAAUCUCUGGAAAUAG